UGCUCUUCUGAGUUUUUGUUUUGACGCACAUCAGAAUAAUAUUUAAUUUGCUGAGUAACUUUGUGUAAAGACAGAAUGGCUGUCACGUUAUUUUUCGGAAUCAGACUAUCUGGAAAGCCGUACGAAAGGAUUGCCCAUAAGCUCGACGAGAAUGCAUACUCCACAUAUAAAGUGGAAAAUUUGAAACGAUUGCUGGUUGACGAUCUGCUCGGAAAUCAUUCGGAAACAUCUGGACCGUCUGCAUUAGAACUGGUGUAUUGCGGUUCAGUGCUGGAUGAUUCAGUUGAACUCAGCAAAGAAGGAAUCAAGUCGGGAUCCACCAUCCAUGUAUUCGAUAAAACUGACAGACCGGAACCGGAACCAAUUGCAUUUACAGAGGAAGAGAUAGCCGAUGCUAGUAAAGCGUAUCGCAGCAUAUGCUUCAACAGCCGUCCGAAUAAUCUGUUUCCAAAAGUCAUUCGUCCGGAAGUGAUCAAUAAGGUGCUCGAAAGGUACCCAGAAUUUUACAGUGAUACUGGUGCCUUUGCAAUAUUAAAGGACGCCGUUCUGCUCGAGAAAAUGAUCCACUCAUACCAGGCUAAACUCAUUGGCGAUCAAUAUCCGAUCCUAAUCAAAUCAGCCAAAUUUAUGGCUGAAACUAUGAUCGCUGUGAUGAAGAAAAAUCCCGUCAAUCCAGCACAACGGAUAAGAACAGCUGAAGAUUCAUCAGAAUCGUCUGAAGGCGACUCUCCUCAGGCAUCGCCCAGUCGCAGUAACGACAGUCAACGCAUCAGUCGUAAUCAAUUGGCUGCCGCAUUAUUAUUCGCUGGUACGGCAUCGUUGAAUUCAUUGUCGAGCAUCGCUCAGCGGACAGGUGAUAAUGAUGAGGAAAUGGCUACCACGUCGAAUACAACACCACCGACUCAAACAUCGGCCGUUUCGACUGCAGAUCCCAGCACAUCGACGGUGGAAGCAACGUCAGUGGAAGCUCCUACCGAUAAUAGCACUCAACGGUAUGCAGCCGAAUUGCAGAUAAUGCGAGACAUGGGUCUGACGGAAGAGAAUAGUAAUCUACAGGCGCUCCUUAUGUGCAACGGUAAUGUUGAGGCGGCUGUUACUCUAGUUUUAGGACUUGGCAAUUUUGCUUAAUUUUUGGUUAAUGAUUACGAACUGAAUAGAUGUGAACCUUCCAACCCCCUUUCGAUUUUAUAAGAAAAUUAAAUUUAAAAAAUUUGCGAAACA